AUGUUUGUGUCAUUACUUGGGAAUGGUAUAAAAAUAUGUGCUUUUGGGCGAUUUGUGCUCCGAGUUCAUUGCUUCUACACUCUCACUUUUCUUUAUCCAUUUCUCUCCAUCACCACAAGAAUUCAGUACUUUGAAGCGUAUCAGUUGUGCAUUUCCAACUACCCGCUUUAUCAGCCGAAUUCUACAAAAACCGGCGUUCCAUCAAAACUAUCAGCUUUAAGCUAUCAGAUCAACUUCCAACCCACGAGGCUCCGAAGUCCCCAAAAGAACAGUACUGUUUCUUUCUUUACGUCACAAAUACAAACAUUGAACCAGUGCCCCCCUCCAGGCUUCACUUGGUUCAAAUUUGUUUUUGAGAUUAACUCCGCAGCUCAACUGCUAGUAUUUGAUUACUGUGCUUUCUUGUGUCGCAAGGAAACAAAAAUCAAAGGUUAUCCAAGAGCUCACUAUUUGUUGACACUCUUAGGGACAAUUAGACGAUCGAACAAAUACUCCAACCCUCGGAGUUUGACAAUAUUGAGUAACUUUCUUCCGUAA